AUGUUACGAGGCCAAGCACUACAGCACUUAGUGUGGCUUUCCGCUCUCUUCCAACUCUCUCUCGCCCUCCCAUGGCAUGUCACCACAAACUAUACCCUUACUGUGAUCAAAAACGUUACCCAGCCACAAACCUUUGAAAAUAUUGCGACCAGACACAAUGGUCAGCUUCUUUUGACCUCUGCCGUCUCCCCAAAAGUCUAUCAGGUCGACCCAUUUCGCCAGCGUGCGAUGAAAGCCAUCGUUGACAUCCCUCAUACGACUGGAUUGUUUGGUAUUGCAGAGUUGGAAGAAGAUGUCUUUUAUGUGAUAGGCGUAAAUACUACCGGGGUUCAAGGUACCCCCGAUUCCAACUUUGUCUGGAAGUUUGAUGUGCGCCAGAACCGGACGGAAAGGGCACCGAUUUCACCAUCAAUCGUGGCUAAUGUUUCCAAUGCGCAAUUGAUGAAUGGGAUGUCUCGCUUGGCAAGCAAUGAUACAACAUCACUUUUGAUCAGUGACUCCGAAGCUGGGAGAAUAUACAAAUUGGACGUGAACACCGGCUCACAUCAAACAAUCAGCGAUGACGACUUGCUCAAGUCCUCCCCCACGGGCUUGCAAAUUGGCGUGAAUGGAAUUCACAUGCGAGGUUCACACUUGUUCUUCACCAAUUUCAAUAAGCGCAUCUUUGGUCGAAUUCCAAUCUCUUUGUCCACCGGAUUCCCUACCGGCCCUGUGGAGGUUAUUGUCAAUGAUGUGCAAGGCGAUGAUUUUGCCGUUUCCGCAGAUGGGAAAACUGCAUGGAUUGCUUUAAACUCCCAAAGCACUCUACUCGAGGUCGAUAUUCCAGGAAAAAGUGCGCGGGCUGUUGUCGAGUCGCCAUAUUUGGAAUCGGCAUCUUCUGUGUCGGUAGGUCGAACUCUGUUCGAUCGUGACAGUCUUUACGUUUCUUCUGCAGGACCGUUCAAUGCGGCUUCUACUACCAAUACUACGAUAACUGGUGGUAUUGUCGCUAGGGUAGAUCUUCGAAAGGUUAAAUGA